AUGUCGAUGAGAGAUCAAGAACUGCUGGAAGACGUCAUAACUGACGGAGGCUCUUUUAUCUCUCACCCAAUACCAGAUGAUCAAAUGAGCCUUUUUGCUGUCAUGCUCUAUGACCUCAAGGGCAGGAAGUUUUUCCCGCAAGACCAAACAGGGAAGGAGUCGAUACGGGAAGUCAGAGAUGUAGAGAACUAUCUCAUCAGGUUCAAGACAAAGCUGGAGGCCUCACUAGCCCGAUAUAGAAUCAAACAUGACCUUUCAUCUCUUGACUGCAUUCUACCCGAGAGUGUGAAGGUGAAACAGGAGAGAUCCAACAGGCUGCCACUAUACGCAUGGGUCAACCUACUGAGGAGCAGUCUGGAUGAGGUCCAAAGUGUGCUGACGGAUGCGGGCCUCUCCCAAGUGAAUUCCGUCAGGCAGUUGGAAGGGCAGACCUUCUGCCAGGAUGCCGACUGUGAGGAUUUGCUGGUAUUCCCCGCUCAAAUGAAAGCGAGGCUGGAUUCCACCAAGUUGCUUCACAACCACAAACUCGUCAUGCAGGACAAGUCUUGCAGCCUGGCCCCCAAGGUGGCGAUCUCCCUUCUACCAGAUGACGGGGACGUCCUCCUUGUGGGCACUUUCUCCGGCCUCACUGUCUCCCACACAGCGUCGCUGAUCAAAUGCCCUAUGUCUCUUUGCUCUGCUGCAUGUUGCUUAGAUGUGAAGCUGAUAAACGAGGUGUUCCAGUCUCUCACCAGUGGUGACAAGCGUCUUGCAAAAGUCCGUCUUAUCCUGUUGACUCCCAACUGCUCCUUGUCUGCAGUCAGCAAUCCGCUUGAGUUCAUGCUGCAAGAGAACAGAGAUGCCAGCUUGCUGCAGGACUUCUCUCAGAGUUCUCUGGCCCAGAGCAAGCUGGAUGCUCUGAUAGCACAGCAGAGGGAAGAUAUUGAUCAUGCAUUAAAGUUUCCCCAAGUUUUGGCGGUUGUUUACGCAACCUGCUCGUCACACCCAGAGGAGAAUGAAGAGGUGGUGACGAGAGCCAUCGAGCAGGCCAAUGUGAUGCCGCAGCAGGAAUGGCGGCUACAAAAAAACGAGUUGAGACAAAGCCAAGCCCUGUAUAAUCCUCCAGACCGUGCCGAAGGUCGUGAAAGACAAAGUGAAAACAAUUCCUUCUUCAGGGUGGAACCCUCUGAGCUGAGUAAUGGCUGCUUCAUGGCUGUUCUCAUUAGAGAGAUGAAAGUGAAGUCUUCACAGCACAAGCAUGUGGCAAAAGAGACAUCUCAGGCUGUGCAGGCCAACGUGUCUGCUGACCGCAAAACUGAGCGUGUCAGGCCAAACCAGCCAACCAGAAAGAAGCAACGCGGACAAACCAUCAGGCCAACCAAAGGGAACUCCGCUAAGCUACCCAAGCACCAAAUCUCAGAAAAAAUACCACAGGUAUCCCGCGGAACUCCCCCCAAACCGCGCUUGCAGACGUCACAGACUUGCAUUUCUGACACCCACUGCAAUCGAGAAAAGUCCAGCUCAGGCAUCCCCACACCAGAAAAAAAUUCAAAAGCGCACAUCGUAAGCCCCGUUUUCAACACUGUGACUUCCAGUCCCCUUCUGCGUCCGGCGCCUCCUCUUGUAAACCUUGCGACAUCUGCAGUCCGUCCCCGGAGAAUCCAUCAUUUGGUGCUGAAACCCACCGUUAUCGUUUUGCGUUCCGUUAUCUUCCCCAGCCGCCACAUCCUCACCCUCGACUCCACGGGUGGAGGACCCUGGCACCGACGUUACCCUCCUCUUGAGUGA